AUGGAAUCAAAUGGAAAAAAAGAAAGGACGCAUAAACGAGAAGAUAUACUGAGAAUUGGUGAAAAUUUCGUAAUUUAUCAAUCAAAUGCUUCUUUCUUACGAGUCGUUGAUGUCAUCUUAUAUGGACCUAAUAAUUGGUACAUAGAACGAAAUUUAAUAGAAAGUGGCAUAGUAGUCCAUACAACUAUUCGAGUUAUGGUUCCAGAUCAUCUAAUAUGGCCUAUCGACACGACUAAAUGGCCUAUCGAUUAUUCAUAUGCUGGUGCAACUUAUAUAGCAUAUAUGAUAGCAGCAGCAUACGCAGGAGGAGCGAUAAGUACCAACCAGUCAAUUUAUGCUGAUAUUCUCUCCAUUGGACUCGGUGGGGGAUCUUUGAACAAUUUCUUCCGACAUAUAACAAAAAAUACCAACAUCACGAUCAUUGAAAUCAAUAAGAAAAUGGUGGAUUUGGCAAAAACUUACUUUGGUUUAAUCGAAGACGACAGGCAACGAUGUAUUGUCGGAGAUGGUGCCGAACUUAUAAGGAAAUUCGCUGAAAGAGGAAAGAAAUUCGAUGUUAUCUUUCUGGAUGCUUGUGAUACAAGUGAAAAAAUUUCUAAAUGUCCAAGUGAUGUAUUUAUGAAAUCUUCGAUUGUGAAAUAUUUCCCGAAAACUCUAAAAAAAUCGGGCACUCUCUUAAUAAACUAUAUAAUGAUUGGCGAACCAUUAUUUCCUCUCGAAAAAGUAAGUUAA